UACAAGUCGGUACUAGGUACCCAUGUAUUUCCAUCCAGACUGCCCCACCUUGGCUCUUCAUUAUCCCACUUCGAUUGAAUAAACAUUUCUCACGUCAAAGUAAUUGCGUCAUUUUUGUCCCUCACGUUUGUUCCUUACCAGACGUGCUGAAUACCUAGGUACAUACAUGUACCCAUAUCUAUCAGACAUGUACCUCUGGCCUAAUGUUUGUAUGGAAUAGUACUUUGCCCCUGGGUACCCAAUCGUCAAUUCCAAUUUAUAUAUCCCGAGGUCUCCGAUUUUUCUAACAUCUCGGUUCUGUGUGACCUAUGAUCUCAAAUCAUCAAUCCCUAAUCUGUACUAAUCUGGAUUUACAAUUGCGUCUUCUGCCGUCAUCUACAUCCCGUUGUCGCAGAGUCACUUGGUACUUGGCAAAAGGGGUAACGAUUACUUUUUAACUGACAAAUACAUCCAUACCAUUUGCCAUAUCCCAUUAGAUCAUACCAAAACGGGUGUGACUAUAAAACUUGAAAUACCCCACCAGUUCAGUUUCACAUCUUUGCGACAGCCAUCAACAACAACUUUUAUGUUUCUCAUCCGCCGACUCUUCUCAUCUCCCACACUAUCGCAAGCCAUGGCCGACGCAAAGACCAAAGCGCAGGGCAUCAUCGACGAGAAUGCCGUUGCCGUAUUCUCUAAGUCGUACUGCCCCUAUUGCAGUGCCUCGAAGCGUCUUCUCGACAGCCUAGGAGCCAAGUACAAGCUAGUUGAGCUAGACGAGGUGCCGGACGGUUCCGAAAUCCAGAACGCCCUCGCUGAAAUAUCGGGGCAGCGCACCGUUCCCAACAUCUGGAUCGGCAAGAAGCAUAUCGGCGGCAACUCUGACCUGCAGGCCAAGUCCGGCGAACUCAAGGACCUCCUCUCCGAAGCCGGCGCUCUAUGACUACAUGGACGCUCCUCUAAGCUUUGAACGAGUUGUGAACGGAAGAGCUGCUAGUUAUGGGGAAUAAUUGGCUGUUACCUCAGUUGUUCUCUGAAGACUAUAUAAUGCGCUGGUUUUAACGUCUGAAGAGACGUAUCUGAACAUGUCAUGCGAAUCGGAGAGCGAGCAAGCGAUGCGGCUAGACUUCCAUCGACUUUGCAUGGGAUAGAUAUAUACCUAAGUUCAUCGUCAAUAGACUUAUAAAUGUGCCAUAAACACAUCAAUUAUAAU